CGUUUUUAUUUUCUACCAAUUCUGUUCCAGAUGAAGAUAACCAAAUUCUUCCAGAAGGAAUGGAAAGACUUUGUAAAUCAAUAAAAGUUGAACCUGGGGAUGUUGUUAUGCUUGUAUUGGCGCACCAACUUAAUGCAAAGAAAAUGGGUUUCUUCACGCUUGAGGAAUGGAGCAGGGGAAUGCAGAAAAUACAGUGUGAUUCCAGUGCUAAACUUGAAAGAAAAUUGGAAGUUUUGCGCGAAAGUUUAAAUGAUCCAGUUCAGUUAAAAUCUGUUUUCAGAUAUGCUUUCGAUUUUGCAAAAGAACCUGGCCAAAGAACCAUGGAGCUUGACACUGCUAACAUUAUGCUUGAAUUACUUUUAAGUGAAAGGUGGACGCUUUUUUCAAAAUUUCAACAAUUUCUAAAACAAACCAAGUCCUGUCGAGUUUUAAAUCGAGACCAAUGGAACAAUGUUCUUGAGUUUAGUCGAUCUAUUCUUCCCGAUCUUUCAAAUUAUGAUUUUGAUGGAGCAUGGCCGGUUCUAAUUGACGAUUUUGUUGAGUUUGUCAAAGGUGACUCAACAUGUUAGUUCCUUCUACCUAAUUUUUUCCUUCUUUUUAUCAACCUUCCCUGUACAAUGUAAGCACUGACAGUGUAUUGGUGCGAGUGAAAUGUAGAAUAAAAGGCAUUGUACUGUGUUAAUUCUACUGCUAAUAUUCUUAAUAGAUCCAAUCUAUUUUACCCGUUUAAAUACACAAAUUCUAAUGCUGGCAACGUGUGGCUUGCAUAUUUGUUUGUUUGUUUCUUAUAUUUUAAGCGAUAAUACAAGACCAGGCUGGAA